AAUCUACUCUCGCCUUCUAAAGCAUGGUGUCAUCUUCCACGUGCUGUCGGGAAUUAACGGGACGUUUUCAAAGCAAAAUGGACUAUCGUUGAAUUGUUGAUAGUGAUUGAGGCAGCAGAACAAAUCUUUGUGCUAGUAUUGUUGUUGUGGUUGGGACUUUUGGUCAUCCACGAAAAAGGCGUUUCGAUCUAGGAGGAGCGAGGAAAUUUUCGAGUGAAUUUUUCAUGUCAGCUGCGUUACAAAUAAAGGAUAACAACAGCAACAACAGCACUAAAAGGAAUAAUUUCAAAUCUACCGUGCAAUAAUCAGCUUAAGGAAAUCAACUAUGGAUAUUUCAUGAAGGUCUUCGAUCAAUUAUCAGCACAAUAAAGGUCAAGAAUGACCAGCAUUUCAACAGGAUCUAAUGUAGCUGGUACUCGUGUAUAGGAUAAGCAGAAGGACGGGUAGCCUGCAGAUCACAGGCCUCAUCAUCCACGGCUUUGCUCAGAGGACAUACCUUAUUCUCGGUAGCAUCUAGUUAAAUGGAAGAAAACGUUGGCGGAGUCAGUGAACCUCCCCAACGCACUUCAGGCACGCACUUUAUCAAAACUUAAACACGUCAGCUAGCGGGUACCGAAAAGUGAUGCGUGGCACUAUCUUCGCAGAUUCAACCUUGAUUUCUUCAACAUCUACGCCGGAUUAUCAUGCAGUUAAUUGAUAGCUUCCAGUCAGUUGGAAUCAUUUCACGAGACUUAAAGCGUUCUUGGAAACUUCAUGAUCUUUUUAUCCAGGAUUAACAACAGCAGAGUUGAAUCUCACAAAGUUCCCUGGGGUAACAUCACAAAACGCUCUCAAUCUCUGUCGACGUUUUCAUUGUGACCUGAUAUAAGGUGAGGGAAUUUGAUCCGUCGUACCCUAAUUAGAACGGACAGUUUAGCCUACAGUGUACAUACAUAAGGCAAAAGACCAAUUUCCGCGCCAGUGCUAGCGGAAGUGAUCAGAAAAAUUAGGACGCUCGCUAGGGACUCUAUCGAUCUGAACAUGCUGACAGAAUAAACUCUCGCCUGCCAAAGUCGUUGGAUGACAGUGCUGGAAUAGAUAAGUUUGCGUAAUUGAAGGUUAACCUGCUAGUGAUACGACCCAGUUCCAAUCGUUCGUGAUCAGAGUUGAAUUCAGCGCUUCGUCAGAAGAAAAACAAAUUGAAUGUCAACUUUACUGAUAGGAGAUUCUUUGAACAAACAUUCAUAGUCGAGGGAAUUGGGAAAAAAAUACAGUAUUUGAACAAGUUGAUGAGGUAGGGAUACGGUCACUUAUUCAAUAUUAUGCUUCAGGGUUUCAUACUUCAAACACUUGAAAGAUAUUAGAUGUGGCAUUUCCUUCUACUUUCACCAAACUCUGAAAUUUAUUUUUCACAAUCCUGGAUGAGUUAGUUUCGCGAGAACAAAUCUUAGGCUGUCAAACAUGUCUUAGAACGAAAUUGUGGGCGAAAGACAACAACUUGGCAACGGCGUUCAAAGGGAUUACGUGAUUUGAAAGUGACAACCCAUCUAAUAUUACUCUCAAUUUCCGACAAGUGAUUUCUCUCUCGAACAGAAGUAGAUUCUGAUAAAUGUGUUAUAAAUUCGCGCAGGAUUAAGUGACUUAAAACGGACUUUUGGAAUAUUGAACCUGUCAAAACUUGUUUGAUAACAAUCUGUUCAAAAAACAGAUCAGUCCGUUUCCGGAUAUUUCUCCAAUAGUCAUCCGACGCUGAGACCUGUCAUAACACUAGUGGCAGCAGUGCAGCUCGGCCGCAGGGUAGUAUUCAUGUGUUGACGCCUGACUGUUAGGAGUAGAGGAAAUAAAUCUUUGAGACGGAGACGAAUUUGACGCAGCAUAACUUCUUGCGGUAUAUGUGAUGCUGUGUUAUGUUUGGUUAGCGGAAUAAAUACUAUGAUACAUGUACUAGAUUCGCGAAAGAACAAGACUGUCCUGAUGUGUCGAUUCAUGAGGGUGUGAUUCAAGGACAGAUCUUGGACGACGGAUUAAUCAAAUUCAGUAAAAAGUUCGCGACCCGGCUAGUGGUGCAGUGAUUUCCUGUCCCAAGUGCAGCAAACUGCAGUUGGGAACAUGCACGUCUUUCGUUGAUUGAGCUGCUGCCUGUUUCCCUUGAAGCAAUUGGGCUUUUAAUCGUCAUCGAAGAAGGCUGUGUCCAUCAUGGAGUACAGUGGCAGCGAGAUUGAUCCCAGUGGGUUCCCGAUAACAUUCACGGAGGAUGUGAACAUAACUCAAUUUGGUCUCAACGACACAAUGGUUGGACCAAAGUACACUGGGUGGCAGGCGGUUAUGAUAGGGAUCGUCUGUUCUUUUGUGAUAUUUCUCUCCAUCGGUGGUAACCUUUUAGUAGUCAUAGCCGUCUUCACGGAACGGACUCUACGAAAGACUACCAAUUUUUUCUACGUGUCCUUAGCCAUUGCUGAUAUGCUGGUGGCGAUUUUGGUGAUGACGUUCGCCGUCGCCAAUGACAUCAUGGGUUACUGGAUAUUCGACAACAUGUUUUGCUCCAUUUGGAUAAGUUUUGAUAUUAUGAGUUCUACGUCAUCGAUUUUGAAUCUAUGUACAAUUAGCAUGGACCGCUACAUUCAUAUCAAGUUUCCAUUCCGUUACGAGGCCUGUAUGACCAAUAAACUCGCCCUUGGCAUCAUCACCGGCGUCUGGGUGUGUUCGGCCCUCAUAUCAUUUCUACCCAUCCACCUGGGCUGGCAUUCGCUCAGCAAUGACUACACCGUGCCGCGACUUCAGCCAAAUGGCGUCUUCCAAUGUUACCUAGAACUCAACGCUUCAUAUGCCGUCAUAUCUUCCUGUGUUAGUUUCUACGUCCCCUGUGCUAUGAUGAUAGGUAUCUACUGGCGAAUGUACAAAUAUGCACAGAAACAUGUCAAAAAUAUCAAAAGAACUUGCGGGCCCGAAUCAGGUGAGCGUGUGACGGAUCAAAAAGCAGCUAUCACCUUGGGUGUCAUCAUGGGAACUUUUCUAUUCUGCUGGUUUCCUUUUUUUACCAUGAACAUCAUCGCUUCUGCUUGCGGUGACUGUGUUAGCCCCGACCUCUUCAGUGGUUUAACGUGGUUAGGUUACAUUAACUCCUGUUUAAACCCAAUCAUUUAUAGUAUAUUCAACACAGAGUUUAGGCGCGCUUUUUAUAAGAUUUUGUGUAUGAAGAUGAUGCCAUGUUGUCAGGUUGAUAAGUCGCUAUCGUUUAAGCUCACCAGAACGCACAGCACGUCGCAGUCCUACCGAUCACAGGCUGAGGUCGCUCUCAACGGCAGCUCAAAUCCAAAUGUCCGCAAACCAUUGAACCAUGACCUGCCGUAAAAUGGUCGAUGUUUUAUGUCGUUAUUUGAGACGCCUUAUCGGUUGAAGCAAGCAUAAGUAAAUACAUGUGACGCUUUGAAAUGUCAUGUUCUGUAACGUGUCUCAGUCUAUAUCGUUUUUCACUAUUACGCCUAAAGCAAAAAUGAGAAGCGAGGUUUUCACCGGUAACAGACAUUACUUAUUCUUUCUUGUGGGGGUACGUGGGGAUAGUACCUUUGGACUCGUAUAGUUAAAUUGCCAAUGAGGUUGAUCACUUAUGUAUCAUUUGAUCAUUUUUAGAACAUUCCGUUGUAUUAAAAGCUUAGAAUGUCGCAUCCACAGAGUCGGAGUAUCACCCCUGUAUUUGUCCGAUAAUGAAGGGGAACAGCGGCACCGAGAAGUCAUUGAGGAAGCAGCGAGUAACUCGUCUCAGGCAAUGAUGAACUGUUUAUAUAUCUCCCGAUACGCCCGUUAUCACAACCCCGCACCGAUUAGCCAAAAUCCGUCUCCGCCUUCUUGGCGUGACGCGUCUUCGCUGCAGUCGACCGGGCGCCCGCUGGAUCCUCGGGGGGCUUGAGUAAUCUAUUAAUGGCGGAUAUCUUCACAUCAAAGAGUGUAAAAAGUCAUCAAAUAUCAUCAGCCAUUAAUAAAGUCUUAAUCAGUUCUUGGUGCCAUGUGCAUUUCUUUCUUGUGCAGAGAAAUCCUUGUCGUUUGAGCUGUAAUAUCGUUCGACUCUACGAUCGAUCUCAAUUGCAUUUUUACUAAAACGAACAGGAGGACAUUACCAUUAAAAACGUAAUAAGGGUACUUUUUCCAAAUUGGCUGUUUUAUUAGCUAAUAAAAGCAGUUUCUCGGCAUGGCAGGAGAAGGUGAAAGUCGUUGUCGUGCCGGGCCAAGUUCCUUAAUCGACGUUGAAGACAAACGCCAGCGCUGGCUUAAAUAAGUUUUAUCUCCAUCAAUAAAUUUAUAAUUUACAAUUAUAGUCAAAGGGUUAGGACUUUAACCCAAUGAUACUGCUAAGCCCUGAUCGGGAAUCUGGAAAAAGUUCUCUGUACGGGUUCACAUAUUUUCAUAAGCAGCGUAGUUUUUGCUGUGGAUGUGGCAUUCUAAGAUUCACCUUCUUUUUUGCAUCUUCUCGGUUUAGCAAACCGUCAAGGCUAACAAAGUGCUUCGCUGAGUGUAUGAUACUAACCCAUACUUGUGAUAUAUGUUGUGCCAUCCUAACUUCUAUCUAAAUUUUGUUACUUAUAUUCGAGAGUUUAGUUUACAUAUCUCUUUGGCAUAAUACAUAGCUAUACUAUGACUGAGAGAGUUCAAAAUCAAUCGGACCGUAAUAAUUUCGAUUCAUACUGUCUAUCUCAGUUUCUUUUUACGGCACCUUCUAAGGCCAAACAUGUUGACUUAUGCACUUCUUGCUUAACUUUAUAAACAUGUUUUUUAUUAGAAGAAUUAUUCAGCCUGCACGAAUGUCCUAAGCUAUCAAAAUGUGAUAAGUUAUGAAAUGCAUGAUAGAUUAUAUUGACUGCAAUGAAACAUAACCGAUGUCAGAUAAUGUCAAGGUUGAACAUACCAUGCAGUAGCCUCUAAAACAAGUGUUCUCCUUCAUUUUAAUAGAUUAUGCAGAUACAACGAUUUAGAUUCUUAGUGGAAUCCCCGAGGCAAACCCUAGAUUGUAGCCAGACAUUUUGCAGACCCCUCCCCAGGUUUCCGAUUAAAAUGCCGUAUUCGCAGGGCCAACCGCCCUCGCUGUGAUCUGACUCGUUCUGUUGAAUCGUACUUAACCCAUGUGACAGCUACAGACGAUUCCCCACUGCUAGGGGAAUUGCAUCAUCAUAACCAACAAGCGGGCUUAUUAUCGAAAUCGAAUGAUUUCGCUUCUAGCAGAUUUUCAAAUCGUCGUGAAGGCGCCAGGAACGGGAAAGGCCGUUCAAACAAAUUUCUGAAGGAACAUGAGAAACGUGUUUGAAAGUCGGUGUUGGGUGCCGAGUUAGCAGUAAGUAACGAGCAAAUAAUGAUGUAACAGAGUUGGCUUUGGAGCCUGUCAUGCAAAUCGGAGCUAAACGGUGUAGGUAUUUGAAAAGGAGUUAUAUCAUAUUGUGAAAUCACUUACGUGACACUUGUUAAGAUCAGUACAGUCUGCGUUGGUGUUACUUCAGCUGGCAAUUAGCGGAGGCAAGUCAUAUCGGCCAAAUUGACAGCCGCUUACAGAAUAUCGAGAUGGAUUCUAAAGGAAUGUUGGUUCGAUUGGCGGAAGAAGUCUGACGCACUUUUUAUAAUUUUCUUCUCGUUUGUCGCCUUGUUUUGUAUAGUUAUGUUGUCUCCAUUUUUGCGUACGAGAAACAAAUGAGGAUAUGCUAAAAUAGAUAAAUGAUUAUGUGAUUAUGUUUUAGUUCAAGGCCUGUGUUGGUAAUAGUCUGUGAUGUAUAUAAAGUGUUUAUUAUUAUUUCAGAAAUUAUCAUGUUUGUUGUUGACGACACAUUGUUACAACCAUCACUAUAGAUGUUAUGACAGAUGCUCAUUUUUCAUGAGCAACAUUAACUUGUUUGUUUGUUUUCACAUCAGGUUGACCAGAAUCAAAUCAUCAAGAAAUAAUAAACUCAGUGCCAUCUUGAAUGAAAGGCCGGCCUACAUGACAAUCAUUACUUCCAAACUACUGUUUCUAAUGCUAGGUAUCUUGCGAGAAGGUGGUUUGCAUCCGAACUGGCCGGUAAGCCAACGGCCGCAUCUCGAACAAGCUACCGACAGGCUACCAAAACUGGUGGUGCCUUCGAGACUAUGACGAGGAAACUGUAAAUUUUCGUGUAGUGUACUGUUCCUUUCAUCUUGCGUUUCCCUUAUGUAAUUUGUACAAAACUGGCUGAAACGAUGUUCGUAGAUGUCUGCUCAACCUGAGGUGAAAUACAUAUGUUGGCGCCACCUAUUAUUGGAUCAUUGAAUUACUGUAAAGUUUUCCGAUGACAACGAUUGGUAAUCAUUGCGUGAGCUAAAACUCUUUUUCAAAUAAUAUUUUGGAAUAGAAGUAGAUUACGGAAUA